UAACUUGUGUUGUAAGAGAGAUAUUUUAGAUGGUACGGCCGAGCUUCAACUUCCUUUGCCAGGAAGUUUCUCUUCUUUCCUAUACCUUCAAAUCUAAAGCCAAACCACAAUUCUCUCGUCGAUCGCUGCUAUUCGAAUGCUAUGGACCAUUACUUGGCCUCACUUCCACCCGGCUUCCGAUUCCAACCGAACGAUCUUGAACUCCACUACUACCUCAAGAACUGGGUCUCCGGCAACCCUCUCAAACCGAUCGACGUCGUCGAUGUCUACAAGUCCGAGCCCUGGGACCUCACACUUGUUGAUUUUGGGUAUAGGUAAAUCGACGUUAAAGAUGGGGGACCAAGAGUCGUAUUUCUUCAGUGCACUGGGCAGAAAAUAUGGGAAGAGUCCGAGGUUCAAUCGGACCACAGAGAAGGGUUUCUGGAAGUCCACAGGGAAGGACCGCAAGGUCCGCCACAACUCGCGCACUGUGAUGAUGAAGAAAAUCCUCACUUUUUACACCGGCCGACCUGGCCAUGGGGUUCCUACACCUUGGGUCAUGCACGAGUACCGCCUCGUUGACAAGGAAUUGGAGAAGAAUGGAAUUGCCCUAGACUCGCUUGUACUAUGUAAGAUUUCUCAGAAGAGUAGGACGGGGCCCAAGAAUGAGGAGGCGUCGUUCGGUGAAGAGGCUGCCACUGAGGAAGUGGCGGUUGGUGAUGGUGAAACUUCAGAGCUGCAUCAUGACCAGAACUUUAUCCCAGAGGAAAAUGGGAUGGAUGCAAACUCAGUCAGAGAUGAUGGCUUUUAUAUUGAAGCUAAUGAUCUUUUGAACCCCAUGGAAGAAAAUCCUGCAGAUUUUGAAAUGGCUGAUCAGUACCUGAAUUUAGAUUAUGACCUUCCCGAUAUGAAUUUUGAAGGUUUUGAUCCCUCUGAAUUUUUAGGGACUGAAAACGCUAGUUCUCACCAAACACCCAUCACCCAGAAGAAUGAAAUUGGGGAAGCUGACCAACUGUCGAAAGAAAGUCUACGUCUAUCAAAGUUACAGGGAAGCAAUGAUGCUUCCUCUUCAAAGCAUAACCCAAAGGCCUUAACGGAUGAAUCAGAGGUUACUUUGCCGGGUAACUUAUCUGAGUCGGAGAUUAAUAGAUUGCUUGUUCAAACACUUGGGAACUCAAUGUGAUGACCGGCAUGAAUUUGCAUGGCAACUGUGCUUCUCUUUUCUCUGCUAAAAUUUUUGUCAUGUCUGAUUUUGAUGAUAUCUAUGUACCACUAGACUCUGCUAGUUGGAUUGUCUACCUAUGGUGUUAUGUUGUAUGCAUUUGUAGUACUGGCUGUGUUGGGCCUUUGUAUCAGUCCUUUCCCUGAAAGGGCUGUGUUGCUUUUUGUUGUAUAACUUCACUUCUGAUGACCAUGUGCUUUGAAAUCUGUUGGGUUCUUACUUCUUAGUACCUGCAAAAAAUAAAAAAUUUUGUUUA